AGAAUAGGUCAUAGGUCGGUGGUUGUCGGUUUUGGAGGUUAUGCACGACUGUUUUGGUUGUCGUCGAGUUAGAAACAAGCAUGGAUAAUAAUUAUACCACCGAGGAAAAGAAGAGACCGAUCUUCAGGGAUUUGAAUGCGGACGAUCCGGAUCCAGAGGCGACAAUCAUCGAAUCGCUGUGCAUGAAUUGUCAUGCAGAUGGUUCCACUAGGUUGCUGCUCACCAGGAUUCCGCAUUACAGGGAGGUGGUGAUAAUGUCGUUCAGUUGCGAACGUUGCGGUUACCAGAACAACGAGAUUCAGUCGGGCGGUCAGGUGGCUGAGAAGGGUAUCCGUUUGAAGCUCAGCGUGGAGAAGACGGACGAUCUGAACAGGCAGGUGGUGAAGAGCGACUUUACGAGCGUGAAAAUCGUCGAAUUGGAUUUCGAGAUUCCAGCUAAGAGUCAGAAGGGCGAAGUGACGACCGUCGAGGGAAUCAUAGAUAGGAGCGUGCAAGGAUUGGAGCAGGAUCAGGUGCUGAGGCGAAUCCAACAUCCGGAAGCAGCACAGCAGAUCGACGAAUUCGUGGCCAGAUUGAAGGCCCUGAAGAUGCUCGAAACACAUUUCACCCUGAUUUUAGAGGAUAUAACGGGAAACAGUUUUAUCGAAAAUCCGAAUGCGCCGUACAAGGAUGCCAGCUGCGUCGCAGAGUAUUUCAUUAGGGAGAAGGAGCAGAACCACGAGCUCGGUCUUUACACCGACGAGGAGAUAGGAGAUAGUGAUGUGCAAAAGGAUGCGAUAUUGCAUCCGAUCAAGGAGGACGAAUUCCCGCUGGAGGAUCUGCAAGGUGAAGUCAUGCAGUUCCAGACGAACUGCAACAAUUGCGGUGCGCCGUGCGAAACGAACAUGAAGAUGACAAAUAUUCCGCACUUCAAGGAGGUGGUCAUCAUGGCGACCGUAUGCGAGACGUGCGGAAAUCGAACGAACGAGGUGAAAUCUGGUGGCGGCAUCGAGGCAAAGGGUCUCCGGAUCGAGAUAGACGUGAAGAGCAAGGACGAUUUCUCCAGGGAUCUGCUCAAGUCUGAGACUUGUUCGCUGAGCAUACCGCAGCUGGACCUGGAGGUAGGAUCGUACGCGCUCGGCGGUCGGUUCACGACCGUCGAGGGUCUGCUUGUCGCAGUAAGGGAUCAGCUGAGCGAUUCGAGACAUUCGCACAUGAUCGGCGACUCGCAGGACCCCGAAAAGCGUGACCAGAUGGCAAAGUUCAUGGCCCGAUUCCAGAAGGUGCUCGACGGCGAGGACGAGUGCACUCUGGUGCUCGACGAUCCGGCAGGCAACAGUUACAUCCAGAGCCUCGACGACGUCGACGACACAAAGCCGGACGACAGGCUGAGGAUAGUCCAUUACGAACGGUCGCACGACCAGAACGAGGAGUUGGGCUUGAACGACAUGAAAACCGAGAAUUACUAAAUAAACAAUAAACAGUGAUAAUACU